CCGGGACUAUCGACUCUCACCUCUCGCUUGGUAACAAACUCGAUGGAUUUUUUAUGGUAGAAUGGUCGGUGAAUAUUGUUGCAGGGGGUGAGGGGGAUGAUGUGGAGGACAGAAGGUGGCGGAAGGCUAAUGGAAGUAAUUGAUUUUUUUGGGGGUUAUUGGGGAAUUUUUUGGAGCGAAUUUAUCGGAGUGUUUUUGGGGAUUUUUGAUUUUUUUUUUGGGAAUUUUGAAAUUGGAAAAUUUAAUUUUAGUUUAGUGACAACAGUGGUUGGACGAUAAAUUUUUCGGGAGUUUCCACUCGUGUGAGUCGUUUCGGCGGAGAUUGCAGGAGUAAUUACAGUCAAAAAAUCGUCGGAAAUUUCGGAAAUUCGGUCAAGGGAUCAAUCAUCGCUCAUCGGAAAUAUCUAUUUACGUUAAAUUGAAUGUCACUUUCCUGGAAAUUAGCAGUCAACUGCCCAUGAAAUUUCAAUUUUCCCAACCAGUAUUAUUAAGUGUACUGGUAAAUUGCUUCUGGAAAAAAAACCUAUUGACUGAUGUCAGGAACAAAAAAGCCUUAACUUUUUUGUCCCUCACAGUUUACGAUCUUGGCACUGAUUUAGGCUUUUUAUUGCCUCAAAAUCUGAGUAAUUGACACUGGCAUUUCGAUUGCCUCGUAUCCGCCACAGAAUAAAAACAACUGCCGUCACUUCAACUAGUUUUGGUGAUUCAUAAAUUCAAUAAACUUGUCCUUGUGUUUACUGGGAAUUAAUCAGCCGCAAUUUAUUCCCCCGGGAUUUGUAAAUAUUUUCUUAUCAAUCAUCACCGAUAAAAUUGUACCUUAAAUUACCGGUUUAGUUGUCCUAAAUUUAUGAAUGUGAAAUUGUAACACCGACUGCACACAUAAAUGGAAAUAGAAAUUCUGGUUUUACUGCAUCACGAGAUCGAAGGUUAAGUAAGGAGCACCUGUUUUGCCCCACCUGAAUAACCCGGACGAUUCUCCUGGUAAUUUAAUCCACUGAUUAUGGAUUUGAAAUGUCUCAGUGAGAAAUUGAAUGUUCCUCCUUUGAUGGGAACUGGAUUUAAUCCAAAUCGACAACCAUCCAAUUUGAAACAAAGUAAAACAGAAAAAAAAAAAGAAUAAUCCAACGAGAAAAACCAUCCCACCACUAUCGGCACAUUCAGAAUGCUCCAGAGUUUCCUGUCUGGUGGCUCCAGAUGUGCCCGACGUGGUCUAGUAUUCGUAUUCAUUUGGGGCCUCGUAAUGAUUGGUGCACUGCAAUUUCGCCGAGUCGAGAAUGAGGUACUACAGGAGCAUGAUUCACCGACGAUGGACGAGGUCUAUCCGACAGCAGGUGUUUGGGAACAUUCACUGGAACAGGCGCCACCAUCACCACUAACGUCUGUACACCGUGAUACCCCUGGGAUACAUGAAUUAUCGGUAUAUAACAAUGAGAAACGUACACCAGUUGAUGCUGAUGGAUACAUAGCAAACAGAAUUAACAUUCAGGGGUUGAAAAAUUAUCCUGACGACCGUGAACCACUUCUCGACAAACGACCACCAAAAACUGACGAAGAAAUCGUCAACGAGAUUGAAAAAAAAUCACCAAACUUACCCCUGGCCUAUUGGAUGAAGAGUAACACCCUGAAGAAGCCAGUGCCUCCAAAAAAUGGCGGCUGUGCACCCAAAUUUCCUGACAUAUUUGACCUUGAAUUUAACAACAUUUACUGGCAAACAAUGGAAUCAUCGAAUGGUACAUUUCAACUUUACGGUGCCUACUACGAUAAUCGAAGUCUAUCUCGAAUUGGUCCGGCUGUUCGUCUCGUCGGUAUGAUAAAUCGAAUCGAUCCCAAGGUCAAGACCUACUGCCAGCUGUGGUACAAAGGAGAGAGAGAUCCUAAAAUAGUCGAUGUAUUUGAGUACAAGUACAUAUGGUACCCCAAAUGGGGUAAUUACAAGCAGGGAAUCUAUCAGCCUUAUGUGAUAGCAUGUAAAAUACCAAAAUCCCAUUCAGACAAGGAUCCACCAGCCUCGGUCUCCAUCGUCGAGAAGCCCUGCGAUACAGCACGAAAUAAUCUACGAGUCAUCUACAACAAACCAAAAGUCAAAAAGGAAUUUGCUGUUUGUGUCAAGGGACUGGAUUUCCUCCACGAGGACCUCUCAGUUCGUUUAAUCGAGUGGAUCGAGCUGAUUGGGAUUCUUGGAGCUGAUAAGAUUUACUUCUAUCAGCUUCAAGUCCAUCCCAACAUCACAAAAGUCCUCGAUUAUUAUCAGGAGUUGGGGAAAAUCGAGGUGACUCCAUUGACAUUGCCUGGUGGACAGCCAAAUGUACCAGCAUUUCAACACUUGUAUCUCACCAAAAAGACCAAUCACAAGAGGCAGAAUGAACUCAUACCCUACAACGAUUGUUUGUACAAACACAUGUACGAGUAUGAUUACAUUGCUCUACUCGAUAUUGAUGAAGUUAUAAUGCCGGCUAACGAUACAACAUGGAGUGAGCUCAUGAGACGAGUUGUACCGAAGGCACUUAAAAUACGCAAUGAGACUCGUGCCUCGUACAACGUUAGAAAUGUCUACUUUCUCGAUGACCUUCUACAUUCGCACGAAUACUUCGACCACGUGCCGAGGUACAUGCACAUGCUUCAGCAUGUCUACAGAUCCAAGAAUUACACGAAACCCAAUCAGUACAUCAAGUGUUUUCACAAUACAGAGCGCGUUGUUACGCUACAUAAUCAUUUUCCAUUGGCUUGUCUCGGGUCUGGAUGUACCAGUUAUCCAAUCGAUACCCAGGACGCCCAGUUGCAGCAUUAUCGUGCAGACUGCGUUAAAUCACUCAAGAAGACUUGUGAACAGUACCGUGAAAACAGUGUAUUGGAUACCAAGAUUUGGCGAUACAAGGAUAAGCUUGUCGAGCGUGUUACAAAGGCACUGAAGGACUUGAAAUUUUUUGGACCCAGUUAGGAAGAGUUUACUACAAAAUUUAGAAAUUAAAAAAAUUUUUUUUAUCACUUUCAAUGCUCAAUUGUCCUCCCUUGUUCCCCGGAAAAAAAUUGUCUAAAUAUAAAUUCUUUUAUUCCGGGGAAUGACGAGAGUACUUCAACUGCAUUUUCAUGGUCAAUCUCGAUCGUUCUCUGUUGUAAAAUAUAAAUAAAGAACAGUAAUGUGUGAACAUAACACUGGAGUGAGAUAAAAAAAAAAAUAUUGUACGUGAAGUGGACGGUUGGAAAAACAGUUAUGCUCAACUCAAGUCCAGAACAGAGGGCGAUUCACAUUGUACCAUGAAUAGCUCUUUAUUGUAGGCCACACUUACUUGUGUACAUUGUGACGUCUGCUAGCUUUUUGUUAGUAAAAAAAGAAAAAUUUCCCAUACAUUAACGUGUGCCAUUAGACUCAUCGAGUGAGGCCUACAUUGAAAUGCACUUGUACGUCUUUUAAUACGACUAUUGUUUUAUAUUCAUAUUGUACAGUUCGAAUUUUUUGUUUUAUUUGUUAUGUUCAAUUAUCGAUGAAUGGUGAAUAAAGAGGAUGAAAUAUUUAUUUUCACGAUUUAAGUUGAGGCAAAUUUUUCUCAUCGCUUGCAGCUAUUUUACACAUUCGAUUUUAAAUUUAAUUUUUUUGGGACUUGUUCAAAAAGUCUCUAAAUGGUUUUUAAACCCUCUUUGUAUGUGUGCCUCUAUGUAUAUAUGACACCCAUUUUUUUUGCAAUUGUUCGCUAAUAAAUCAAUGAAAUUGAAUUUUUUAAUGUAGAUAUUGUUGAGCCCUAUCCAUCGAACUUAAUUAUAAUGUAAGUCGAGUAUUUUCGAAUUUUGUAUUAUCUCAUUAUAUUUUUCAAUCGAAAAUUCGUUACUAUUAUGAUAUCCAAUAAAACGCAUAUGAAACGCAAUAUUAUU